AUGCCAAUCGCAGCCGCUGGACAGCCCACGACUCAGGAGCCCCGUGUUUGCCCCCGGCUGCCCUCCACCCCAGACCCUGUCCCUAAAGGGGCUGAUUUAUUCGACGAGGCGGGGGCGGCGGAGUCUGCAGAGCGGACAGAGUACGGGGGUGCAGAGGGCGGCUUUAGUUACAGCCACAGCGGUGCUCGGAGCUUCAUUCUGUCCGGAUCCACCACCAGCUCUCCGCCGCAGUCCCCGACCGCGUCCUCCUCGUUCCUCUUCCGCCCCCUUCACCCGCACCAAAUGACCAUGGAGCCCCCAAGGACUCGAUCGCGUUCACGCUCCGGAUAUUACCAGCAGUACAAUAUGAAUGGCAAUGGGAUUACCGGGAAUACGGUCAUGGGAUCCAACCACCACCAUCAGCAAGUUCAUCAGCAGCAGCUGCACCCUGCCGGCUGCGCACCACUUGGAGCCCACGGAAGCCACACAGACCAGCACAGAGCCCUGGGAAGUAACUCUUCAGCCGGGAUCCAGAGGUUCCCCCCAGUGAACGGCUCACACCGCAUUUCAGCUCCAGGAGCUUCUGGCGGGUUCUACCACUGCCACCCGGACCAUGCAUACGGAGAAGAAAGUGAUAAGAGUGAGGAGAGCCCCAGUCCAAAGCGUCAAAGGCUGUCCAGCCAGUCUGUCCUGGAGCAGCUCAGCACAUCUGCACCACCACCAUCCACCCCCUCACCCCCCAUCCGCCCCUGGGAGUCGGGACCCGCUACUCGCCGACCACCCCAUCCCCACGCACACUACCACCAGGAGCGAUGUCUCACCCCAGCACGGCUGAGGCGCAGCCCCCCAGCCAGGCGCCAGCGCGGCCGUCUCUCCAGACCAUCUCGUCAUUUGCCUCCACACCCCAGCACACAAGCCCCUGUGAGGCUGUCCUCAGACCUCCAGGACGAGAACUACCACAUCCCUCACCUCCCCACGCAUCAACCGUACCCAGCACACACCCCCAGUGCCUAUGGCCAGACCCCUUCUGCCGGGCUAGCACCGGGGUCAGAGGAGCCCCGCGCCUUCCACCCCCCUGCUCUGUCCCCCCGACUGUUACACCCGGCUGCACAUCACCACCACCACCACCACCACAAUCAGCAGCAGCAUCAUGCAUCCCAGCAGCAAGGAGCCAUGCUCAUGGACCUCCAUGAACAACUCCAGGCCAGCGUCCCAGUGUCGUACACAGUGACCCCGGUGCCUCCUCAUGGACUGGCGGCGCCACUGUGCAGUGGGCAGCACCUCCCCCCCGCAUGCUCCUCUCAACAGCAGGUGCCCGCCUGCAGCGUGGUCUUCAGCACUGGACAGCAUUACCACCCGAUGCUUCAGACUUGUUCAAUGCAGCAUCUCCCGGUGCCCUAUGCAUUUCCCUCCCUGUUGUCCAGUGACCCUCAGUUCCUGCUACCCCCUCCCCCUCACCUCGCCCACCACCCUCCUCACAUCCACGCGCCUGCACAGUUCCUUUCUUUCCAGACACAGCAGCCACGAUCGCCUUUGCAGAGAAUUGAAAAUGAGGUGGAGCUCCUGGGGGAGCAGCUGUCGGUCGGCGGAGGCUUCAGCUUCAGUCACCAUCGACAUCACCACCACCACCACCAGCCCCCCUCCGCCCUGCCCCCCUCCACCCCACUGCAGUUCCUGUCCCACCACGACCCGCUGUCACAGGAACUCUUCACCAUGCCGUAUCCUCACUUCAUGCCUCGCAGAAUAACAAGUCGCCGGUACCGUUCUCAACAGACUGUACCUCCAUCACCUUACCACCCCAGCUUCCUGCCUUAUUUCUUGUCUAUGCUUCCUGUGGCCCCAAACGUAGCCCCCGCUAUAAGUUUGGAGCUAGAUGUGGAGGAUGGGGAGGUUGAAAACUAUGAGGCCUUGUUGAACCUCGCUGAGCGUCUGGGAGAAGCCAAACCUCGAGGUCUAACGAAGGCGGACAUCGAGCAGCUGCCCUCAUACAGAUUUAACCCCAACAACCACCAGUCUGAGCAGACCAUGUGCGUGGUGUGCAUGUGUGACUUCGAGUCUCGACAGCUCCUGAGGGUCUUGCCUUGUAAUCACGAGUUUCAUGCAAAGUGUGUGGACAAGUGGCUUAAGGCCAAUCGGACCUGUCCCAUUUGCCGAGCGGACGCCUCAGAGGUCCAGCGGGAUUCGGAGUGA